CUCCGUAUCGUCGUUUGAUAAAAUAUAAUUGUUCGAAAACGAGUUAUAUCAGUAAAAUAACUAUUAAUAUUUGGUAAAAGUUUUACUGCUGAUUUGACGAUUAAGCGGAUCUAAAUAUAGUGAUUUAUUUGUUUUUGUAAUUAUGCAUAAAUUAAGAUUAUUUUUAACACCGGUAACCCUAGACAUAAUUGCUGAUGUCUGAUCGUUAAAAUAGCUUUCUCCUUGGCACACUUUAUUUACUGCAUUUCGAACAUGUGUAUCGGAAUUGCGUACCGAUUCUUAUCCAAAACCUUUCAUAAACACGGGAUAAAUGUCUCAAGACACACGUCAUGGUACAUAGUUGUGCCAGUCUUUAUGACAUUGUUAUUAGGCACAGGAUUUCAAAAGUUCUCCCAAGACUUAAGCGAAGACGUUCUAGUCCCAGCCGGAGGAAUUAUCGACAAGUACAAGUCGCGUUUGAUGCAAUUAUUUCCCAUAGAUCUCGCGUCAAACUUCGACCCCGCAAGAUUAUUGCACGUCAUUCAUUACGGAACCGUUAUUGUCGAAGCCACGGACGGAGGCUCGAUUCUACGAGAGUUCGUCUUUCGUGAAAUUGUCACUUUGGAUCGAGAAAUUCAAAAUUUCUUUGUUGAAGAAGACGACGGAUGGAACUACAAAGAGAUUUGCGCUAAAAAUAAUGGAAAGUGUUACGAAAAUAAAAUUCUUCGUAUAGAUAAUAAACUGAAAGCGUUGCAAAACGGAACAUUUCGGUUGAAAUAUCCAAUUGGCAAUACGAGCAGAAAUUACGACGUUUUAACAUUGGGCGGUGUGAAACUGAACGAAGAAGGAUGUUUAAUAUCUGCCAAGGCUGUUAAAUUGUUCUAUUUUCUAGACGAUUCGAAUAAAUGGGCGGAAGAAAGAGCAAUAACGUGGGAAAAUCGAUUCGUAGACAUCUUGAAUAGACUGAACGUUUCUUACAUCAAAAUAAAGAAAGACGUGUCGCUUUCUAGGCUUGAGUCGAAAAGUCAGUUGUUUGUCGCUACUCUAAAAUAUAUUCCGAGUUCUGUUUUCUUGAUGGUUACGUUUACCGUUGUUAGUUGUUUAUGGCCAGACUUUCUCCGAAGUAAACCUUGGACCGGAAUCAUGUCGUCCAUAGCCACAGGAAUGAGUCUAGUUUCUGGUUACGGCCUUCUGCUUUAUGUGGGUUAUAGAAUAUCUCCUGUAACAUAUAUGAUUCCGUUUCUUAUUUUAGGUAUUGGUAUGGACGAUACAUUUGUUAUGUUAUCGGCGUGGAUGAAAACCGACCCGAAGAAAUCUGUGGAAGAAAGAAUGGCCGAAACAUUCACCGAGUCGGGUGUUUCUAUCACAAUCACUUCUCUGACUAACGUUGCAUCGUUUCUAGUAGGAAUAUUCAUUGCCAAUAUCCCUGUAUAUAAAGAACUUUUCGUGUUUAUGGCAACGUGUUUGCUCUUCGACUACAUUUAUCAAAUUACUUUUGUUGCAGCGAUUUUCGUUUUAUGUGGAAGAGCGGAAGAACGUCAAUUGCAUUCCUUGGUAUUCGUAAAGUUUCCAGAAAAUAAAAAUUUUGUUGAAAAAAUCUUCUGUUUCGUGCGUCCUGAAGAUUCGAAGCAGAAAAAAGAUAAUCGCAGGGUUAGAUUUACUGAACUUCUGAAGAAUUUCAACGAGCUGAUAAGGAAGAAAGUGACGGGAUUAUUUAUUAUAUU